AUGGCUCUUCUGGUGGGGGACCCCAGGACUGCUGUUGAUUUUUUUUUUUUCAUCAAGCUGUCUCACAGCUGUGCCAGGUGCCUCAGAGCCCUGUACUGAGUGCUGUGGAGCUUGACGCUGAGCCUCUGGUCAGUGCUGGUCUCUGGGAUUAGUUUGCAGGGAGAACUGGCACUGUGGGAUGAAAGCCAAACUGAGCUUUCCUUGUACACCCACAGCCAGCAGAAGUCUCAGAAGAGCUGCAAGGCAGAGUGUGCCAAGGACCUGCUAAUCCCUCAGCAGCUGCUGGAGAUGCCAGAAGGCCCAUCAGUGAGGAAGUUCCAGCUGCUGACCUCCCCUUUUGUGGGGCAAGUGGUGGCCAAGGUGGGAGGAAGCAGCCGGAAGCUCAAUGUGAAUGACCUGAAUGCCCUGAGGCUGCAGGACUCCCAGGUUCAUGGGAAGAACUUGUACCUGGCAUUUGUGGCGGCUGAAGGUCCCUUCCGACCAACCGCAGAGGAGACGGUGCUGCAAAGAGAGGCUGCUUGUGGGGCACACUGUCCUGCCCAGGGAGGCCAAGGACAGAUUGGUGCUCCACAUGCCCAUUCCCAGGAUGAGGAGCUGCAGGACCCCCAGCACUCAAGAUCUGAAGCCCCAGAUGGAGCAGAGGGUCCGGGCAAUUGGCUGCGCAUCCACUUUGGCAUGUUCGGCAGCGUCCGGGCAAAUGAGUUCUCAAGGGCAAACAGAGCCAAUAAAAGGGGGGACUGGAAGGACCCUGUGCCCAGGCUGGUUCUUCACUUUGAGAGUGGAGGCUUCCUUGUUUUCUACAACUGCCGGAUGCUCUGGUGCUCCUCUCCGAGGGCUGAUCCUGCUUCUGACAUCCUGUCUGUGGAAUUCCACCGUGGCCGGGCGCUCUGUGCCCUCCGUGCACCUGAUCCCAUCUGCUACACCCUCCUAGACCAAAGACAUUUUUCAGGGCUGGGGAACAUCAUUAAGAACGAGAUCUUGUACCUGGCCAGGAUCCACCCAUUAACACCAGGCUCCCUCUUGGCUCCCUCAGAUCUGGAGCAUCUGCUGGACUGCGCCAUUCAGUUCAGCUCUGAGUGGCUGCACAACAAACUGCGUGGCCAGGGGCUGCACCCCAGGGUGUACCAGAAGGAGCAGUGUCCCCUGGGGCAUCCCUUGAUGAAGGGGACUUUUGGACCCUUGGGUGGCUUCAAGAGACUUACAUGGUGGUGCCCUCAGUGCCAGCCUGCAGUGCUGCCAGGGGAUGGGGACCCUUCCCCAGUCACUGAGUGACCUGUCCUGGAGGGUGCUAGGUGGUAUUUCAGCCAUGCUCUUCAUUGUCCUAAAAGGUCUCAGUGGUUUUUUUGAGGCUGUUGAGUUUGGUCCUUAGGGACCUGCAGAGUUAAGUGCUCAGUGGGGGUCCCAGGUCCCCUGAGUGGCUGUAGAAAGGAAAAAGUGGCUGUCCAUGGUUUUUUUUUUUUUUUUUUUUUUUUUUUUUGUCACAGUGGCAGAACAGUGUAAAGAGUUUGACCAGUUCUGAGGUGUUUUGGUUGCCCUGUUCAGGUGGCAGUGGAUGGGAAGUAUAAAGGGUUGAGCAGGGCACUGCUGUAGUCUGAAGUGACCCUGUCCUUUGACCCUGGAGGACUUAGCAAAACAGAGGAUACCCCUCUGCCUCAACAGCUUGAUUAAUUGGGAAUUAAAUAAUCCUGCCUCUGUCUGGAGCUGGAUACCUGUGGGAUGGGUGUGGUUAAACAUGAGGGGCUGUUCCCUGUGUCAGAUCUGACAGGAACAGCUCCCUCCUUCCACAUCAAUGUACACAAAAUAUACGUCAGCAGUGCUUGGUGGAACUCAUCUCUGCCACCAAUAGGUUUCAGCUUUGUGGCAAGCUGCCAAUUCCAGAUCUCGCUGUAGAAGUAAUUAAAAAAAAAUUAGAAAUACACUGUGUGAUGGGGAUUGCAUAAAACUCAGGAUCUCCAAGGAAACCUGAAAGCAGAAAGGUUUGGAAAUAGACCUGUGUCUCUAAACACUAGGCAGGAACUGCUGCUGUCCUC